AAAGGGCUGGGCUCCUCCCCGGCGCCAGUAGAAUGAUGGAGUUGUACAGAGCGGCGGUGCAGCUGAUUGUUGGGGUCGGUCUCGGGGUCGGUCUGUGGCUGCGGGAGGCGCAGGGGGAGCGACACAUCGUGUUCUGGAACAGCAGUAACUACAGGUUUAUGCAGGAGGAUUACACGGUGCAGGUGCAGCUCAACGAUUACCUGGACAUCGUGUGCCCAUAUUAUGAGGAGGGGAGCGUGGCCGGGCACACCGUGGAGCGUUACACCCUGUUCCUGGUGGACUACGAGGAGUACGAGACCUGCAAGCCCAAAUCCAAGGACCAAGUGCGCUGGGAGUGCAACAAGCCCUUUGCCCCACACGGGCCGGAGAAAUUCUGCGAGAAAUUCCAGAAAUUCACUCCCUUCACCCUGGGCACGGAGUUCCGCGAGGGCGGCACCUACUACUAUAUCUCUAAACCCAUCCACUACCACGGCGAGAGCUGCAUGAGGCUCAGGGUCCACGUGUCGGGGAGAACAACUCCGCCUCCUGUUAACGUUCACACACCGAGAUCCCACAUCCAAUCAGAUGAACCAGAGGUUCCGCUCCCGGGGGUUAUGAAGAGCGUGGCUGGUAACUCUGCUGCACCAGGAACUCCCUGCACCCUGUAUGGGCUGCUCCUGGCCGCACUCCUGCUCAGAUUGUGAUGGGACUCAGACUCUUUUACUGCUCACCUGGGCAGGCUCUGGGCCCGGCACAUGGACAGGCCACGCCCCCGGGGGACCCCCAAAAGAGCCACACGACCAAAGAUGCACAAAUGGUGCAAAGGACAAAGGAUUGUGACAAUGGUGCACUUUCUCCAUCUGAGGAAAGGCCACGCCCCCAGCAGAACCUCGCAGGUUGAGGUCUAGUGUUGGACCCGCCCCCACGGAGCUGGCGGCAGAAGAGGGGUCAGUAGGAGCGACAGGAACAAUAUUUGUUCUUCUACAGUUUGGUGCCAUCGCGGGAAUCGGUGGUGCCAACAUCUAAGUGUAAAUACAGAGAAUUUAUACCGAUUUUAUUUAUACGACUAACCCUCCUGUGUGCCAGGAGCCUGGACUCUAACCCCACCCCCCAGGAGCCUGGACGCCCCUGUACCCCAAUACCCACAUGGAUUAAUUGGCGCCCGUAUAAGGAAUGUACAGAUGUGGAAUUUGUUUUUUUUUUUACAAGUCUUAAUAAAGAGGAAAUUUCUAUGAAAA